AUGAACCUGUUGGAGUUUAAUCAGUCUGAUCGCUGUGAGCAUUUCUCCUGUCCAGAAAGAUCUGUAUCUCCUGCAGUUUAUAUCUUACUGUAUGUGUGUUCAAUUGCUGUGGUUCUGCUAACAUUGUGUGGAAAUCUGCUGGUCAUCAUCUCUGUUUUUCACUUCAAGCAGCUUCACACACCGACUAACAUGCUUGUGCUCUCUCUGGCUGUGUCAGAUUUCCUCAUAGGUGGUUUAAUAAUGCUUCCAGAGUUAAUCUGGAUGAUUGAGUCAUGAUGGAUGUUUGGAAGAAUUUUCUGCAUUAGUUUUUGCUUAAUUAGUGUAUUUAUUAUGAUCUUCUCUAUUUAUAAUAUUGCUUUGAUUUCUGUAGAUCGUUUUUUGGCUGUCUCAAAUCCAUUUCUUUACACAAACAAAAUCUCUGUAAGGUUAAUGUGCUUUGUGGUUUAUUCUAACUGGUGUGUGUGUGUAGCAUAUAGCAUAACAUUUUAUUAUUUGAAUGAAAGCUCCAUGAGUAGUAUAAUGUGUUCUGGAGAGUGUUUUCUCUUUCUGAGUCAAGAAUGGCCUGUAAUUGAUCUUGUAUUUACAUUUAUAUUUCCACUUUCAGUGAUAAUCAUAUUGUAUACUCGAGUUUUUGUGAUUGCUAAGAAACAUGCUACUGCUAUCAGAGAGCUUAAUAAUCACACACGACCUAAAACACAGAAAAUCACCUCACACUCAAUGAAAUCUGAGAGAAAAGCAGCCAAAGUCCUCAGCAUUUUAGUGUCUGUGUUUUUGCUGUGUUUACUUCCAUAUUUCAUUUGCAGUUUGUUAGCUGAUGUUAUUAUACUACAAGCAGAAACUUAUCUAAAACUUGCGAUGUUGGUUUGUUUCAAUUCCACCAUUAAUCCAUUUAUUUAUGCUCUGUUUUACCCGUGGUUUAGAAAAUGCAUUAAAAUCAUUUUAUAUUUUCAAAUAUUACAAACAGAUUCAGCAUUAAUUAAUGUUCUUUCAUGA